AUGGAACCUUCGACCCAAUUGACCACAACAGGUGAACUCCAAGCCCUCGUGACCCUCGCCGCCCCCAAAUGCAUAUCCAUCCUCAGCUUCUAUGCGCUCUCGAUACUCGAGCUCAUAUUUGCAGGGCACCUCGGCACGGCUGAAAUGACCGCCGUCGCGUUCUCGCAAAUCGUGUUCGACUUCACCAUCAUCGUGUUUACCCAAGGCUUCAACAAAGGCCUCAACGCACUGGGGUCGCAAGCGUUUGGGGCCAAGAACUUGUUGCUGCUCGGUCGAUACGCCCAAAUGGGCUGCCUGGGCGUGACCGUCGUGACGUUGCCGUUGGCAUUCUCGUGGUGGUUUGUCGGCGAUCUCCUGCGCUUGUUCGGCGUGUCUCCCGCCAGUGUCGUCUUGGCCCAACAGUACUCGAAGCUGUCCACGUUGUGGCUGUGGCCGCGCCUGAUCUACCAGUACCUGACUGUGUACUUUGACUCGCAGCAGAUCGUGUUGCCCACGGCGAUCGUGUCGGUGUCGUUCGUGGUUGUGCACGUGGGUAUGAAUGUGCUGGUGGUGUUUGGUGUGCCGUCGUGGGGAUGGGCGGGGUUGGGGUUUGCGGGGUUGCCCAUCGUCAUGUGCAUUACCAUGUACGGUCGGCUGGGGGUGUACUUGCUGUACAUGAUGUGGUACCGCCAGCACCAUGCAAAGUCGUGGGUGUGGAACUUGGAGUUUUGUCAAGCCAAGUACAUUAUCCCCCAGGUUCGCGUGGGGCUUCCAUUGGCAGUUGGGCAAGUGUUUGAGAACUCGCAGCUGCAAAUGAUGGCGUUGAUGGCGUCAGUGGUUAGCGAGGUGUCGCUGGACUCGCACAACUCUAUGAUCAUUCUGCUGCUCUUCCUCACGAGUCCCGUCAACGCUCUGUCUGCCGCAGGUGUCAUUCGUAUGGGAAUGUACUUGGGAGGGAACCAACCUCAACGAGCCCAGCGCCUCAGCCAGAUGGUCAAGAACUGCAUCUUCACCGUGGCUGUCGUGAAUUCCAGCAUCCUCAUGCUGAAUCGAGAUGCGAUCGGUCCAAUGUACUCGGAUGACCCUGAAAUUUGGGAUGCCAUGACUGAAAUUUGCACCCUCGGGGCCCUAGGCUACAUGAUCACGUCACUGUUCUACUCCGCCAGGGCAACGUUGAUGGCCCAAGCACGGGCAUUCCCUAUCAUGGGUACUUACAUGUACAUCGCAAAAUGUGUGUGUGUUUGCAUCGUUCAUGGUGGCUGUUGUGUAGUGGCAUACUUCUGUGGCGCAUGGCUCGUAGGGAUUCCUGCAGCGUACGGUAUCGGAAUUCUACAGCAAGCUGGUUUGGUUGGCAUUUGGAUUGGCAUGGCGCUGGGCCACAUCGCAACAACAACCAUUGCGUUGCAUGCGUCUGGGAGUUCUGAUUGGGGUGACGAAGCGGCUCAAGCUGUGUAUCGAAGCAACGAAAAGUCGCAACUAGUCCAGGGCGAGGCCGUAGCUUUACUCGAGCGGCUAUAA